UUUCUCUUCACUUUCCUUCCUUGACCACUUUUUUCCAUUUUUCUCAUCGAAUUUUCUCGGCACUCUGUUUCCAUUAAGCUUGUCUAUCUCCUUUGCCUGAAAAAAGAAAAAAGAUCACUAGGGUCAAAAAGAUGAAGGAGAUACAUGUUCCUUCAGAAACAGGCAAGUCUAUGUUCUUUCUCUUCUUCAUCAUCUUCCUGUCUUGUUGUAAUCUCUCUUUCUCGGAGCUGUCUUCGAACCAGACAAGCACAAUGAUCGAGCUCUCAAGAUUCCUCAAUGUCUCAGAUUGGAAUCUUCCUGGUUCUGAGAGGAAUCCAUGUUUAUGGAAAGGUGUUCUUUGCAGCCGGCCAGACAAUGGCUCUGUAAUAAGCUUGUCUCUCUCUCGUUUUGAUCUUACCAAUUCUUCCUUUCUACCACUCGUCUGCCAAAUCCAGACUCUUGAGUCUCUCGAUGUCUCCAGCAAUAGCUUGAGCUCAGUCCCAGAUGGGUUCAUGACGAAUUGUGAAACGCUCGUAGGGUUGAAGCAACUGAAUUUCAGCAUGAACCAAGUUUCUUCUUUUCCUCGUUUCCGCAAUUUCUCCAAAUUGGAGGUUCUUGAUUUCUCAUACAACAGGUUGAGUGGGAACAUUGGAGACUAUGGUUUUGAUGGUUUGGUUCAGUUGAAAAGUCUGAAUCUCAACUUCAACAAUCUAUCUGGUUCAGUUCCUACCAAUUUGGCCAAACGUGUGGAGACGCUCGAGGUUUCAUACAAUUCCUUGAGCGGUAGUAUUCCUGAGGGCAUUGAAGAUUAUCAAGAACUAAAGCUGAUAGAUCUCAGUAAUAAUCAGCUUAACGGGUCAAUUCCAAGUUCGCUGGGAAAACUCUCAAAGUUAGAAAGUUUGCUUCUUUCCAACAACCAUCUUAGCGGCUCAAUCCCAGAAUCACUCCCAAACAUCCAAACCUUGCGUAGAUUUGCAGCGAACCGUAACAGAUUCACUGGAGAAAUUCCUUCUAAGAUCACAAGACAUCUCGUGAGUUUAGAUCUCAGUUACAACAGUCUAACGGGGUUGAUUCCAAGUGAACUUUUAUCACAGGCCAAUCUCGUCUCUGUGGAUUUGUCGUUUAAUCAGUUAGAUGGAUGGAUACCACAAAGCAUUUCGCCUAGCCUGGUUAGGCUGAGACUAGGAAGCAAUAAGCUAACAGGAUCGCUGCCUUCUGCUUCGUUUAAAUCAUUGAGGAACCUAACUUAUCUGGAGAUGGACAACAACAGUUUGAUCGGCACCAUACCUAGUGAGCUCGCUUCGUGUUCGAAUUUGACUCUCCUGAACUUGGCUACGAACCAGUUCACUGGGAUCUUAUCUCAUGCAAUUGGGAACCUUAGUACAACGCUCCAAGUGAUAAAACUGCAGCAAAACAAGCUUACAGGAGAAAUCCCAGACGACAUCAGACAGUUAAGUAACCUCUUGAUUCUUAACAUCAGCCGGAAUUCUCUGAGUGGCUCCAUACCACCUUCGAUUUCGCAGCUAGCGAACCUUUCCAACAUGAACUUGCAAGGCAAUGAUCUAAGUGGUGCCAUACCUGACAAGAUUAGAGAUCUGAAUAGUCUGAUAGAGCUCCAGCUCGGUGAAAACAAGCUAAGCGGGAGGAUACCAGUAAUGCCACCAAAGUUGCAAAUCUCCUUGAAUCUCAGCUACAACUUGUUUGGAGGACCUAUCCCUACUACAUUGUCUCAACUUGAGCGCUUGGAAGUUCUUGAUCUGUCAAAUAACAAAUUUUCAGGCGAAAUCCCUGAUUUUCUGACCGGUUUAAUAUCCCUCACACAGCUCAUACUCUCCAACAAUCAGCUUACCGGGAAAGUUCCAAGUUUCAUCCGGAAUGUUUCAAUCAGUGUCAGCGGAAACCCCGGGAUAACUGAGGAUGAUGAAGUCUUGAUUCAGAGAAUGCCAUCACAGAAGAGCAAACUAAUUGUGGUUGUAAAAUAUGUCGCCAUUGGAGUGUGUUCUCUUGUGGCAGUGAUCAUAACUGUCAUCGUGCUGAAACUUUCUAGGCGUUUCAAGGGGGUUAACAACAUGCAGGUCGACCAUGAUGAAGAAGGAUCAACUGUUCUUCCCGAAGUCAUUCGUGGCAAGCUUCUCACUUCAAACGCUUCACACAAAUCAAACAUCAAUUUCACCAAAGCUGUGGAAGCUGUGGCACAUCCCGAACAUGCUCUGUUCCAGACAAUAUUUUGGAGUUACUACAGAGUAGUCAUGCCCUCCGGUUCCAGUUACUUGAUAAAAAAACUCAACACAAGAGACCGACUUUUCCAGCAAGCCAGCAGUGUGCAACUAGAGCUAGAGCUAGAGAUGUUAGGGAAACUGCAUCACGCAAAUGUUAUGGUUCCACUAGCUUAUGUGCUCUAUUCAGAAGGAUGCCUUCUCUUCUAUGACUAUGCUCACACUCGUACCCUUUACGAUGUUCUACACAACAAUCCCAGCGAUGUGGUUGAUUGGACGAGCAGGUACAGUAUAGCAGUUGGCAUAGCUCAGGGAAUCUGCUACUUACAUGGAUCCAAAUCCAGCGGUCGUGAUCCAAUCCUUCUACCAGAUCUUUCUAGUAAGAAAAUUAUGCUCAAGUCGCUCACUGAGCCACUAGUAGGGGACAUUGAACUGUUCAAAGUAAUUGAUCAUUCCAAAAGCAAUAGUAGCCUCUCGGCAGUUGCAGGCACAAUCGGCUAUAUUCCACCAGAGUAUGCUUACACAAUGAGGGUGACAAUGGCUGGGAACGUCUACAGCUUUGGGGUGAUACUUUUGGAGCUGUUAACUGGAAGACCAGCGGUAUGCGAAGGAAGAGAAUUGGCUAAGUGGGUACAGAGCCAUCCAAGCCAACCAGAGCAGCUCAACAGCAUUCUUGAUAUCAGAGUGAGCAAAACAUCAACUGUAGCAACCAAGCAGAUGCUCCGUGCCCUCAGCGUUGCUCUUGCCUGCAUAAACAUCUCUCCUGGGGCAAGGCCAAAGAUGAAGAAUGUCCUACGGAUGCUCACAAGACUCUAGGUAAAAGUAUCAGAUGAUGCAUGAUGUGUAAACUUUUACUUGUUGCUGUAUGUACAAAAAACAUAGAGAGGUUUUCUCUGGCACUCCAUUAUGCUGAGAAACAAAAGGAUCUUAUGCAUUCAAUAGUUGUAAUUUAAAAACUACGAGUCCAUAUCAGAUUCAUCAGAUGAAUAUGAAACCUAGGAAUACCAGAUGGCUA